GUACUCUUGUAUUUGGCCAAAUAUUUAGAAGACACAUUUCGUAUAUGAAGUAAGAAGUUGACGCCCUGAAAAACAUAGGCUGGCGGGCUUGGUGAUUACCAGAAACCUUGUGCAGUAUAAAUUGAUGAAAUUCUACACUUGACAAGAUGCCUGAAAACCCAGUGACAAAGAUCAAGAGGACGCUGAAGAUCUUGGGAAUCGUGACAGGAUGUUUCCUCUUUAUUGGCAUCGGGGGCCUCAUAGCUGGAAUAGUCCUCCUGGCACUUUAUGCUCAAUAUUGGAAUGAUAUGGAAAGUGAUCAAAGGGUGCUUGCGUAUGUAGGAGUUGGUGCUCUUGCUGUUGGAGUUGUAUUCCUAGCUAUCGGCGGAGCGAUCUUGUUCUACUUGAUUAGGCUCUACAAGAAAAUGAAAAACCUCGCUAAGGGGGUUUUCUCAAAGUUGAAAACCAAAUUCAAGAAGGAUGAAGAGAGCUAAUCCAAGGACUUGUACAUUACCUGAGACUAACAUACCUACAACCAUACUCUCCUGAAACCAAAGUUGAUUGAUUUUUCAGUAAAUUACCAUAGAAACAUGGUGCCUAAUUACAAUCAGUUGUGUAAUCAGGAGUCUAUACACAGCCUUAUAUCAGAACACUCAGAUGGUUCACUAUUUCACUUAUUCUGUAUAGGAAAAAAGUGAUGGUUGUAUUUUUGUAUUUUAUUUAAUCAUCGUUGCUGUAAACACUAAAGCCUCAGUCACUUUUGACCUACGGCGGACGUAUGACGGCCGUAGGUUCACAAAAUCGAUAUAGAAAAUCUACCUCCUAUUGCUUAUCCCUAUAUUUUAAGACUCGGUCACAUUUGCUUUACGACAGUCGUACCUUUGCAAAAUCGAUAUAGACGAUAUAGAAAAUCUACAUCGUACUGCCUACCCCUAUAUUUUAUGCUACAUAUAUUUCUCUCAAUUUUGGAAAGCUACG